UUUUCCCGUCGGAGCAGAGAGCGUUGAGCUGUGAAGGGACACAGAGAGGAGCCAGUUCAGUCUAGGGUGUAUUUUUUUUUAUAUAUAUUUCGUUGGCAGUUUAGCAUUAUUGGGGCAGCAUAAUGGCCGAUAAAAUGGAUAUGUCUCUAGACGACAUUAUCAAGCAGAACAGGCAGCAGAGAGGUGGCGGCCGGGGUGGAAGAGGUCGAGGCCGCGGAGGCUCCGGCGGCGGCCGAGGAGGAGGAGGAGGAGGCGGCCCGGGGCGUCUGGGAGUCAGCGGUGGAGGAUUUGGAGGCCGAGGCGGCGGAUCCGGCCCCAUGAGGAGCCGACAGACCAUGAACCGGGCUAGAGGCAGACCAACGCCUUACAGCAGGCCUAAACAGCUUCCAGAUAAGUGGCAGCAUGACAUGUUUGACAACGGCUUCAGCGGAUUCAGUGGCUCUGCUGGAGGUGGCGGGGGAGCUGGCGUGGAAACUGGCGGGAAGCUCCUUGUCUCCAAUCUCGACUUUGGGGUCUCAGACGCAGACAUUCAGGAACUUUUUGCUGAGUUUGGGACGCUGAAAAAGGCAGCAGUUCACUACGACCGAUCGGGAAGAAGCCUGGGAACCGCAGAUGUCCACUUUGAAAGGAGGGCAGACGCUCUCAAGGCCAUGAAACAGUACAACGGCAUCCCCCUUGAUGGUCGGCCCAUGAACAUACAGCUUGUCACAUCACAGAUUGACACACAGAGGCGACCCAUGCAGGGUCUGAACAGAGGAGGUGGUGGUGGUGGUGGAGGAGGAGGCAUGAACAGAAGUCGUGGAGGUGGCUUCAGAGGCAUGCAGAGAGGACGUGGAGGACGUGGUGCUGGAGGAAGAGGGCGGGGCGGCCGUGGCGGUACCAGCAAGCAGCAGCUGUCAGCAGAGGAACUCGACGCCCAGUUAGACGCCUACAAUGCCAGAAUGGACACCAGCUAAGAAAUGAAGCCCCUCCUGGUUCUAGUCCCUUCCUGUCUGCACAGAAGGGUAGUUGUUACAAAUGUGCAGAAUAUUUUACACAUGGUUGUCUUCUGAUGUGAUUGAAAUUAUUGUUCCAACCUCUUCUUUUAAAUGCUCCGAAGUGUUUUUUACCAGUAUUUUUUUUUUCUUCCCUUUUUUCUGACGAAAAUGGUUUUGACUGUAGGUUAAUGUGAACUGGGUUUUCCCAGUUCUGUCCUCUAUCCUGUAGUAAAUGACACUUGUAAUAAAAACCUACAGUGCAUAUUAACCAAA